AUGACAAGACUAGAUAAUUCACAAUUUCUAAAACAGUUGAAUGAUGCUGUAACGAACAACAAUGGCAAAUCAUCCAUCUACUUGACUCAAAAACGAUUGGCUUCUUCAUCUAAUGAAUCUUCAAGUCUGUCCAUCGAUGACCUUCCAACAAAUGUUAUACCUCAUAAUCAAAUACAGAAUAGCACCUCAUACCCUAUUCUUGUCCGGAUUUCAAUGAAUAGUACCAAUAACAAGGACAAAAAGCAAGAAAAAUUGAAGUUAUCAACUGUUGUGGAAACUGAUCAAUUGAAUCGAUUUUGGCAACAAUAUAUACGAGUAUUGAAAAAUGGCUUUGUUGGGUUGAAAAAGAAGGAAAAGAAAAAGAACAAGAAAAGUAAAGUGACGAAAUAG